AUGGUAAUACAUAGUCAUAAAAAUGUACGGACAAUGUUAUGGGAAUAUAAUGAUCGGCUCAAUGAUUGCUCUGAUGCUCUGUCAGAUGCCAUCAAGAAUGUGAGAUAUCGCCAGUUUGAGCUGUUGGUGGGCAACGGGACUAAUGCUAACGCUUGCGACUCCUGUAUGCGAACUCCACUUAUUAUGAUUUCCAUAUAUUUGACGGGUUUUGAUAACUGGUAUAAUAGAGAAAGAUUUGCCAAACUAUUGCUCGACAAUAACGCAAAUCCCAAUUUGUGUGAUAUUUACGGAUUAACUCCUUUAAUACACGCCUCCAUCAAUGGUCAGUCAGAUUACGUCAAAGUCCUUCUCUCUUCUGAUAAAACCAAUUAUGAAUUGUGCGAUAAGGGAGGCAACAACGCGAUAAUGUUGGCGUCCCGUUACGGUCAGGUGCAGGUGUUGCGAGUGGUCGCCGAUCACAUCAUAUGUGAUGAUAGAAUUAAUGCCAAAUUAAUUGAUCUCAAAAAUUUUGAUAACAAAACUGCUCUCGACUUGGCCUAUGAGGCCAACCAUUAUGAAUGCGUUUCUGUCAUCAAUACGCUGAAGGAGGCGCUCAAUAAUAGGCGAGACAUUGGCUCACAAGUGGCCGACAAUGAUAUUAAAAUGUUCAAUAAUGUUAACAAGAUUAGCGACCCUUUCAUCCCAAACACCAGUCGUAUUGCGAAACAGUUAUCAGAAACGGAAAGCAAUGCAUUAAUAAAACCUCAGACAAAGUCUCAUCAAAAUUUAGGCCUAAGUUAUAAUAAUUAUACAAUAAAUAUAUAA